AACAACAAGAAAUAAUAGAUCAGGUAAAUCAGUUAAUCUCAGUAGAAGUUUAAUCCUGAAAAAUAGGUGAUUUAAAUUGUAACCACUAAUCAGAGCAAAAAACCUCAUACAAUGUCUUAGUUAUUACUGUUGGGAUGAGGAAUGGGAUAGGUAAUUACUUUGAAGACCUCUGAAAGAGAAGUUAAUCCUUCAAACUAGUAUAUGUGAUCACAUUUAUGUGGGGAAGGGAAAGAGGUUACAAUCCUCUCUCUAUAGGAAAAAAUUCAAUCCCUCCUAAAGAGCCCAAGUGCCUGACUGCAUUGUGCCACACUGCAGUUGCCAUUUGUGUCACCUGUCAAAUCCUGCCAUUUUUACUUAACAGAGAACAGUUGAGAAUGCUCAAUAUUAAUGUAUUUGACCAGAUUCUUCCAUUAUAAUUUGAUUUUUAUGCUGUGUUUACAACAGGAAGCAAUGCUGACAAUUUACAUUUCUUGUUAUUUGCCUAUACACUUGUAAUUAAGCGAUUUCAGUAUAAUCAGGCUUUACAAAUAACUAUGUUAGCAAAAGAUGUGGUAAACAUAAUGAUUGACAGUCUGAACACAAAAAUGUUCACUAAGCAAUUGUGGCUUAUCCAUGCCACACAAACGGAAUAAAUAUGACAUAAAAGAUUGCUCUAAAAGACAAUUAUUGUAAUAAGUAUUAUGCAGCAAUUAUUGUAGGGAAAUAUAUGUAUGAAAAGUCCUUAAAUUCCACUUUUGUUGUUAUCUACCUGCUUGCUUGGAAGAAAGUUACCCUCAUUUUUUUAGUUUGAAUGGAUAUGCAAUAUGUUUUUUUUAAUUCUUCCUACAAAUAUUAGUAGGGUAAUGGGUUUGAAGGAGAGCAUUCAGACCAUCAGAGUACACCGCUUUUGGCAUGAAGUUUAGCUUUCUAAGCUUAUGUGAAUAUCAGUAUCCUGACUACUUUAUUUAAAAAAAAAAAAAAAACACUUUCCCCAAAUGACUGCAAUAAUGGCAAUAAUAACGCUUUUUAAAGGGAUACACUGAUUAGGAUGACUGAGUAUCCUACUUUGCUGCUGUUCAGGAAAAUAUGUAUUCAUUAUCUCACUAAGGAAUAGAUGACUUCAAAACUUAAGGCUGAAUAUUUUUUUUUAAAUGCAGAUCCUGACACUCAGCAGGGCUAUAACAAGAUUCAAAGAGAGAUCUGAAGAAUUUAAAAAGCCUUUUCUUAAAGUAGCUGAUACAUGCACUGAUGCAUCGAGCCUGAAAUUCACAGUCAGAUUCCUGUGACUGAAUCUGAACAUGUAAGGAUCAUGACUGAAACUGCAGUUUGCAUUGGAACAUUCACGGCUGUGAAGACACUUUGGGAAGUGAGAAUACACAAGAUAAAUGAAGAAUUACAGAAAGAAAAGGAAUUCAGACAGAGGUCUGCAGGAAGGCUACUGCUUGUCUGGGAGGAGAGAGCCGCUUUAGCAAAGCUUAAAGAAAAAGUUAUUUAUGAAGAUGGAAGAGCAAUUUUAAGGAUAGAGGAAGAAGAGUGGAAGACACUACCUUCGUGCUUAUUGAAACUAGUCCAUCUCCAGGAAUGGCAGCUUCAUAGAACUAGUUUGCAGAAAAUACCUCAGUUCAUUGGAAGAUUUCACAAUCUUCUUGUUCUGGAUCUAUCCCGGAACUCAAUUGAAAGUGUACCUAAAGAAAUUGGACAGCUGACUAACCUCCAAGAGCUGCUUCUCAGUUAUAAUAGAAUAAAGUCUGUUCCUAAGGAAAUAAGUAACUGCAUCAGUCUGGAAAGAUUGGAACUGGCUGUCAACAGGAGUAUCUGUGAUCUUCCUCCUCAGCUCAGUGAUUUAAAGAAGCUUUCGCACAUAGAUUUAUGCAUGAAUCAGUUUACUACCAUCCCUUCAGCUCUUCUCAACAUGCCAAAUCUAGAAUGGUUAGAUACGGGGGGAAAUAAACUCCAGGAGCUUCCUGAUUCAAUUGACAGAAUGAAAAAUCUCCACACUUUAUGGCUCCAAAGGAAUGAGAUAAACUCUUUGCCAGAAACCAUUGGUAAUAUGAAAAAUCUUAGUACUCUUGUUCUUAGCAACAACAAACUUAAGGAUAUUCCAGCUUGUCUGAAGGACAUGACAAAUCUGAGAUUUGUCAACUUCAGAGACAAUCCACUGGAGUUAGAGGUAACACUCCCUCCAUGUGAGGAUACAGAAGAGGAGGUGCAACAGGAAAUGUUCGGCAUUGAAUUCAUGCACAUGUAUAUCCAGGAGUCACUCAAGAAAAGAGGAAAUCUGGAAAGUUGUACUUCUGGUACUUCUCCUACCAUAAAUACUAAUGAAUAAAGAAUAUAACUGUGAUUAAAA